UUGGCAAUACUGGAUACCGAAAUAAUUCACGUUUCUCUCCGUAAAAUAGGAAUAUUAUAAUUUCUCUGUUAUUUUAUCCGACUUUUUUAUAUUAUUUCUUAUGUAAGCUAUUUACACUGUAAUAGUUGCAAUAAUAAUUCCUUUAAUUGUUUAGAAGUGCCAUUAAUUAAUUGUCCGAACCACUGAUUAUGACCGAAACACAAAUAGAAGAUCCACAGUUAGAAAAUUUCAUCCUUGCUGAAACGCAGAAGCAACGUUUCCAGGUUCUCGUCCACGGACUGACAGAUACAUGUUGGGACACUUGCAUGGGCCGACCUUCUAACCGACUGGACUCCAAGACUGAGGUGUGCAUCAUGAACUGUGUGGAAAGGUUCAUUGAUGCUACAACAUUCAUCACGAGGCGUCUUAUGAACACAACUAAGUAUCGUUCAGAUGCUCCUCUUAUAUUCCAAUAAAUUAAGCAUACAGUUUAGUAAGAAACAAACAUGUUAGACGGCAUUAAGGACUUUUUGCGCCGCCACAAGAGGAAGUUCAUUGUGACGGGGGCUGUUUUUGGCGGAUUAUACUUAUUGACAGGCUAUGCUCAGAGGAAAUUGCGAGAAUGGCAAGAAAAAGAAGCAAAAAGAUUCUUCGAGAUGACUCGUAAGAAACAACACUUUGAGAGUACAGAGCGCACUUGUAAUCAAACCAUUUUAUCACUAUCUAAAAUUGUGACAGAAAGUAUUUUAAGUGUAUUGAACACUGAAGAAAUAGUCCAUAAAUUGCAAGAGAAUCCAGAAAACAAAUUAGCAUUAUGGGAACAGUUGAAAAUUAUGAUAUUUACCAGAAUAUGUGUCCUUGUGUAUGCUCUAAGUAUAUUACAAGUGAUACUGAGAGUGCAGCUCAACAUAAUUGGUGGUUACCUGUACAGAGACUCAGUCCAUGACGAGGAUCCUUUAGUGGAUGGUGACCUACAGGCGAAGUACCUGUCAUUGUGUCACCAUUUUGUGGAUGGAGGAGUGGAAGACUUAGUGAAACAGAUAGAGAAUGUUGUGAAGAAGGUUCUUGAACCUGUAUCUUUGAAAAAGAAGAUGACACUGCAAGAUGUGGAGCAGAUAUUCUGGUCUAUACAAACAGUAUUGUGCACAGACACCACAGGUGGUGAUCCUGUGAAGAAAAUGGUGCACUACUUAGUAGGCCAUGCGGAAGUCAGCGGAGCUAAGUUAGAUACCAUUGUCAAAGAGACAAUGGAUAUUUUAGAAAGUGAUGAAGUCACAUCUAUUGCUAUGUCGUCUGUUAGUCGUAGCUUUUCAUCUGUAACUGAUGAGGUUGCCAACCUCUUUGUGUCUAAAGCUGCACCAACAUCCAAGAACCAAUUGGAAUUAAAUGUUGAUCAUGUAAUUACAAAUGGGGCUAUAAAGCUUGGAGCAACACCAGACACUUUUGUAGAUGUUAAUAAGGUAGAAUUACACUUUGUUAAACUUCUGCCUGUUUUAAAUGAACUCAUCACAAAGAACACAUGCAAGGGUAACACAAACAUUCCAGAUUUGUUAACACAACAACUCACUCUGAAUGACAAACUAAAACUUCUGGGUGCAAACAUUUAUGAAGUAUUUAGUAGUGCUUAGGUUUAUGUUAUAGAAUGUAAAUGGCCAACAUACUGGUCUGUAAAUAUCUAAAUGAACAAUGCCUCGGCACAUCGCUAAAUACAUCUUCAGUAUAGAGACAUGUCACAAUUAUUAUUUCAGUCCAGGUAUUGUGGUAGUUAAGCUUUUUGUAUUUCUUGCAUUUUGGGGACAGUAAUUAAAGUUUUAAUUGAUUAAUAA